AUGACUGAAGUCUCGGCCACCCGCCUGUAUCUAGGCAAUCUCCCACGCGAAGCUACAAAGACUGAUAUCGAGACGCACUUUGCGACCCAUGGCACCGGAGAGAUCACAGAGAUCAAGCUCAUGAAUGGCUUCGGCUUCAUCGAGUACAAGGAUCCCAUGGAUGCGCGCGAUGUCGUUCCAGCCUUCCAUGGAUCGGAUCUCAUGGGCUCGCGACUCACCGUGCAAUUCGCUCGAGGCAGCCGCCAGCGCGAAGGUCCCGCCCCCGGUGGCCCUGGUGAAUAUGGAGCUCGUGAGCGCGGACCGCCCCGCCCUCGGAGGACGCCUCAUCGAAUGCAACUCACUGGUCUUCCCGCAGAGACCAGCUGGCAGGACCUCAAGGACUUUGCCCGUCAGUCCAGUCUUGACGUUGUGUACUCGGAGACGCCGCGCGAUGGCAGCGGCAAAGGCUUUGUCGAGUUUGAAUCCGCCGCUGACUUGAGGACCGCCGUGGAGAAACUGGACGGAACCGAGUUUAAGGGAAGCCGUGUCACAUGCAUUGCCGAUACGCAGCCAGACUUCCCACCUCCGCGAGGCCGAUCUCGCUCUCCAGGUGGCUUCCGUGGCCGCGGCCGGUACGGUGCUCCUCCCAUGGACGACUACGACCGCCGGGGCCCCCCUCGUCGCGAUGGACCACCGUACGGUUACCGUGACCGCAGCCCCCGCCGCGACUACUACGACGACCGUGGCGGUCGGGGUGGCUACCGCUCGCCCCCUCGUGGACCCUUGGACGACUACCCUCCCCCAGGACCUCCUCGCGGUCGCUACGAUGACCCUUACCGCCGGGACUAUGGACCGCCUCCUGACCCUUAUGGUGCGCCUCGGCCAUAUGAUCGCCCUCCACCACCCAGGGACUUCCCUCCUCGAGAUGCACCGGGAGGUGGCUAUCCGCCUAGGGAUGCGCCGUACCCACCUCGCGACUAUGACCGCGGUGGUCGCUACUGGUAA